AUGGCCUCGCUUCCAGGACAGACGGCCGCUGGCGGCGCCAAGAUCAUCGAUGGAACUGCACUGGCCAAAUCCGUUCGUAAGAGCGUGGCCGAUCGUGUGGCCGCCCUCAAGGCGCAGUCGGCCUCGUUCCAGCCCAACCUUGUCAUCGUCCAGGUGGGCGAGGACAGUGCAUCGUCGACCUACAUUCGCAUGAAGCGUCUGGCCGCCGAGGAGUGCGGCAUGCGCUUCCAGCACAUCCACCUGCCUGCCGGCUCCUCGGAGGCGGCCAUAGUCAAGAAGGUCACUGAGCUCAACGAGGACCCUGCUGUCGAUGGCGUCCUCGUCCAGCUCCCUCUUGGCGACCACAUCAAGGCCGAUGGAGAGCGGAGAGUGACCGAGGCCGUGAGCCCGGAAAAGGACGUUGACGGCUUCCACGCCCUCAACAUCGGCCACCUGUCGUCCAAGGCAUGCAACCCCCUCUUCCUGCCCUGCACCCCGGCCGGUGUCAUCAAGCUCCUCGAAGAGGCCGGCAUUCACGACAUGUCGGGCCUGCGUGCCGUCGUCAUUGGACGUAGUGACAUUGUGGGCAACCCAGUCAUGAGCCUGCUCCGGUCCCGCAACUGCACCGUGACCCAGGUCCACUCCAGGACUCGCGACCUCGCAGCGCACCUGGCCGAGGCCGACAUUGUCGUCGCAGCCAUGGGCAAGGCACAGUUUGUCAAGGGCGAGUGGCUCAAGAAGGGCGCAAUCGUCAUCGACGUCGGCACCAACUACAUCCCCGACCCAUCCAAGAAGAGCGGGCAGCGGCUCGUGGGCGACGUCGAUUUUGACUCGGCCUCGAGCGUGGCCCAGGCCAUCACGCCCGUUCCUGGCGGCGUCGGUCCCAUGACUGUGGCCAUGCUGAUGGAAAACGUGCUGCAGUCGGCGCAGCGCAGGGCCAGCCAGGGUGCCGGUCGGGGCCGAGGCGUGACGACGCCGAACCCCAUCCACAUUCUCGAAAAGGUGCCCGCCGACAUUGAUGUGGCCAGGAGCCAGACGCCCAAGCCCAUCACCCAGGUCGCGCGUGAGAUUGGCCUGCUCAGCACCGAACUCGAGCCUUACGGCGAUGUCAAGGCAAAGGUCGACCUGUCUGUGCUCCAGAGGCUCGCCCACCGCCGCAACGGAAAGUACAUUGUCGUGGCCGGCAUCACCCCGACUCCCCUGGGUGAGGGCAAGUCGACGACAACGAUUGGCUUGGCGCAGGCCCUUGGCGCCCACCUGGGCAAGUCGUGCUUCGCCUGCGUGCGACAGCCUUCCCAAGGCCCCACCUUUGGCAUCAAGGGCGGCGCCGCCGGAGGAGGAUACUCGCAGGUCAUCCCCAUGGAGGAGUUCAACCUCCAUCUCACUGGUGACAUUCACGCCGUCCAGGCUGCCAACAACCUGCUGGCCGCCGCCAUUGACACGCGCAUGUUCCACGAGGCUACCCAAAAGGACGGUCCCCUCUUCGACCGUCUGACGCCCAAGAAAAAGGGCGUGCGGAGCUUUGCGCCCGUCAUGCUCAAGCGUCUCAAGAAGCUGGGCAUCGACAAGACCAACCCAGAUGACCUGACGGAGGAGGAGCGCUCGCGGUGGGCUCGCCUUGACAUUGACCCAGAGACAAUCACCUGGCACCGUGUCACCGACACCAACGACCGCUUCCUCCGUGAGAUCACCGUGGGCCAGGCAGCGACGGAAAAGGGCCAAGCGCGCAAGACUGGGUACGACAUUGCCGUCGCCUCGGAGUGCAUGGCCGUCCUGGCGCUGAGCAAGGACCUCAAGGACAUGCGCGAGCGCCUCGGACGCAUGGUCGUUGCCUCCAGCCGGCAGGGCGAGCCCGUCACGGCAGACGACCUCGGCAUUGGCGGUGCGCUGACGGUGCUCAUGAAGGACUCCAUCAAGCCCAACCUCAUGCAGACGAUCGAGGGUACCCCGGUCUUUGUUCACGCCGGUCCCUUUGCCAACAUUGCCCACGGUAACUCGUCGAUUCUCGCUGAUGCUGUCGCACUCAAGCUGGCCGGCCUCGAGGAGGGUGAGGCAGACGACAAGGCUGGCUACGUCAUCACCGAAGCCGGCUUUGGUGCCGACAUUGGCAUGGAGAAGUUCUGCAACAUCAAGUGUCGCGAGAGCGGCCUGACGCCCGACGCCGUGGUCCUCGUGGCCACUGUUCGCGCCCUCAAGACGCACGGCGGUGGACCAGAGGUCACGCCGGGCAAGCCCCUGUCGGAGGUGUACCUGGAGGAGAACCUCGAAAUUCUCGAAAAGGGCUGCUCGAAUCUCCGCAAGCACAUUGAGAAUGCCAAGAAGUUUGGCCUCAAGGUCAUUGUCGCCGUCAACAAGUUUGCGACGGACACGCAGGCCGAGCUGGACCUCGUCGUCAAGGAGGCUCUCGCCGCAGGAGCCGACGCCGCCGUGCCCUCGAACCACUGGGCGCGCGGUGGCGAGGGCGCCGUGGACCUGGCCAAGAAGGUGAUCGACACGCUCGAGGGCCAGACGCCAGACUUUAAGUUCCUCUACGACCUCAACCUGUCGAUCGAGGACAAGAUCAGGACGAUUGCGCGAGAGAUGUACGGUGCCGCAGACAUCGAUGUCUCUGACUUUGCAAAGGGCCAGAUUGAGACGUACACACGGCAAGGAUUUGGCCAUUUGCCCAUCUGCAUGGCAAAGACACAUCUCUCGCUGAGCCACGAGCCGACGCUCAAGGGCGCGCCCACGGGCUUCACCGUCCCCAUCCGAUCAGUCAAGCUGUCUGCAGGAGCAGGCUUCCUCUACCCGCUCUGCGGCGCUAUGCAGACGAUGCCGGGACUGUCCACGAGACCAGGCUACUACGAGAUCGAUCUCGACGAAAACGGACAAGUGCAGGGUCUCUUCUAG